AUGCGGAGCGAAAUGGGAAGUGAAGUACCGGAGGACUUGGAAGAAGGUCUAUCGGUGGAGAAACAGCAAGAGCAACAAUUGAUGAAUAAGCUCGCUUCUCAAGGUCGACUACCAGCUCGACCCGCUUCCUCGUUUCUGCAGAAGAAACUACAACAAAGGAAGUUCUUCGAUUCUGGUGAUUACGCCAUGGACAAAGAUCGCUGCAAACAAGCUGCACCCGGUUUGGGCGGCCGUCUUCCUCAUCCAAUGGCUACUCCAGUGGUGAUGACUGCAGCUUCUCCAAACCCGAGAUCGGUUGCUGCUGCUGAACCAACUUCUCCCGAUGGUGAAACGAAUCUUCAAAUCCCCCGUCCAGAUACUGUGCCUCAGAGAAAGGCAUCUAUCAUUAAUCCAUCGGUGCACUGCAAACUUAGCCCCAUGCCACAUGUUCAGGUUUGUUACGAACGUGCUCCUUUCUUGGCAGUUCAUCGGUUAAAAAUGUAG